AUGCGGGAAAGUGCCGAACCAUUUUUCUGCGUCAACAGUUUGGCGCCGUCUGUGGGAAACGAUAACAAUCAACCUAUAAUUCCUAAAAAACAUAUGGGGACCACUUCAGGACCACAGUUCCUAUCGGGGGAUGGAUUACCAUAUGGUAUGCCAAGUGGAGCAAGCCCCGCGCUGCACCCUAGCACCCCCUUUGGUAAUCCUCCAGUGCUUCAGACCACGGUCGAAGCGGAGCUUCUAGCUCAGAUGACCUCCCUUCAGAGGGAGAUGGCUAAACUCCAAGAACAUAACAAUCUCCUCUCGUCCAAAGUAGACGAAACCCAGCGGUCGCUUAACCAGCAGGAAACACAGAGCAUUCAGGCUACCGAGUCUUCCCAGAAUCAGCAGACCCCCGGUCGGUAG